AUGGGCCCAGCCUCCGUUCGCCGCAAUCUCUUCCACCAGAACCUCAGCCGCCGUCCUGCCUCCGCCGGCCCGCCCAAUGGCAACGUGCCUCAAGGGAACAACGCGCUCUCCAACCGCCCUUCGCACCGGAUGAAGCCGACAAGCUCGGACUCAUCCUCGUCGCGCAGCAUCAAAUUGUCGGAAAAUAAGGAGAUCGUCGUGCGGGACAAGAAUGGUGGUUACAAACUCGACGUCCCGUCAUUGCCGCAUGCUUUAGUUGGCGAAGACGGGGAGGAACUGGGAGAUCUCGAUGCAGAGGAAUCGGGGGAGACGGCAUUUGACUCUUCGGAGCUUAGCGGGCGUGAGAAAGAGAAAUUCGAUGCUGCUCUGGUAGAGAUGAUGAUCCGUCAUCGAAACAGAGCGACCAGUGGCGAACCCGAUGAGAUCUUGGACAUCGUUCACCAGAGCUUACGCAAAAAAGUAGCUUCUUUGGGAGAUGACAAUUGGAUGUUUGAGCCAGAAAAGGACCUGCGAUUUUGA